AUUCCAAUUCAUUAUGUAUAAAAAUCAUUAAUUGAUACUUACCUUAAGAGCAUUUUGUACUUGGUUUAAUUGAUCAAACGGAAGAGCCUGCAUUAAAAGAUCAAGAAAAAUGUAAUGAAGAACGAAGUAUCAUACGUACGAGAACAGCAGCAAUGCUGAGAAUGGCGAAAAUUGCAGAUUAUAGAUGUAGAUAUUGGCUAGUAAUAUUUGUCCAGCUCAGUGGUAACAUUGUUAUUUCAAAUCUUAAAUGGCUACACUAGUAAACACUGUACGUUAAAACCGUUGUGCCUUGAUCAGGAAAGCAAUAAUGUAAUUAUGACAUAAAAAUAAUAUAAUAACGAUGGAAGAAUUUAAUAUUGAUAUUGUGCAUGUUCUUCAGAAUAGAGAUUUUAGUGUGUUGCAGAAGUUAGUAUCACAUUGUUAUGAUUUUCGAGCAAAAAUUGCCGCUAAAAUUGAAGAUACAACUGCAUAUGAAUCUGAAUGUAUAGAGAAAAUAGCACAAAGCGGUAACAAAAUAUUAGAGUUAGAGCAAGAAGUUGAAAGUUUAAAAUCUGAUAUAGAUGCAACAAAAUUGCAACAAAAAAUUAUAGAUAAAAAGAUUACUAAUGCAAUUAAACAGCAAGAAAAAUUAGAAGAAGAAGUUAAUAAUGCCAAGGUAAAAAGAGACAGCUUGUCUGUUGAAAUUGUUGAUUUACGUGAAGAAUCAGAACAAAGAAAAGAACAGAAAUUAUUAACUUGGAAAAGUAUUAAACUUGCUUGUCACACUUAUAAACAGCAUUUGGGCUUUCAUAUAGAAUUAAUCAAUAACAAAGAACAAGAACAAAUUAAAAUUUCCUUUUUUAUAAAGAACACUAAUGCAAAAGAUAAAUACUUUGUACAGUUACUUAAUUGUAAUAAUCAGUGGAGAGUGGAACAGAUUCAGCCUACUCUUAAAGCAGAACAUUUGAGUGACUUUGAAGGAAUUAUUGACUUUUCUAAACAAUCAGAAGUUUCGGAUGUAACUGCACUUCUUUGUAAGCUUAGAGAAACUUUUGUUAAGUAUUACUAAAAACAAAAUAAGAUUGAAACCUUAUAUAUAUAUAUAUAUACAUAGGUACAGAUAAAUUUAUAACAUUGAUAUUAUUUAUUAUAAGAUUAAAGCCUUUAUUAAUAAAAAUUAAUAACUGAAUUGUCUUAUUACAUAUGAAAAAUUUGCAACACUAUACAUAGCAAAACUUAACAUUGGUAUAAUUUUAUUAAAAUAUAUUCAUUAUUAAUAUAAGUAUCUGUGGUAUUGUUACAUACAUAUGUUGUGACAUGUAUCUUAAUGUACUAUUUGCCUACAGCUCAGAUUGGAAACAGUAAACUGCUAAUCACAGUGUAGAUAAAUUAU